AUGGACUUUGUGGGCCCUUUACCGGAAUGCGAAGGCUUCAACAUGGUACUCAACGUCAACGACCACUUCAGUCGUCGUGUCAUCUGCAUUCCCUGCAGGGAUACCACGGACUCAGGCCAGCUUGCCCAACUCUUCCAUGAUCACGUCUACAGCGAACACGGCCUACCACGCAAGAUCAUCACGGAUCGCGGCUCUACCUUUGUUUCCUCGUUCACGCGCGCUCUCAUGGACCAACUUGGCAUCGUCGGGAAUCCCUCCACGGCAUAUCACCCGCAGACCGACGGACUCACCGAGCGCUAUAACCAGGAACUCAAGACCUUCCUUCGCCUCUACGUGAAUUAUCACCAGAGCGAUUGGGUCAAAUACCUCAAGUCGGCGCAGUUCUCGUACAACAAUACAAUCCAUUCCUCGCAUCACAAAACACUGUUCUACGCCUCUGAGUGA